AUGAUAUUUACAGGAUAAGCAGAGGACUUUGGACAGCAGCAACUCAAGCAAAAUGAACCAGACAUGUACUGAUUAUGUUUCUGACUAUGUCUACAAAAAUGUUUGUCAGAAUUGUUUUGAUGAGCUGGAGAAUUCUAUGACAGAGAUUUCUCUGGUCUUCUACUACCUGACCUUGAUCCUCGGCGUUCCUGGAAAUGCAUUUGUCGUGUAUGUUGCUGGAUUGAAGAUGAAGAGGACUGUUAAUACAGUAGGGUUUCUCAAUCUAGCGAUUGCCGACUUCUUGAGCUGCCUUUCCACUCUUUUCAACGUGACCAAGAGCGCUUUUGAUAAUCACUGGCCGUACGGAUCCAUAAUGUGCAAGAUUCUCCCCUUCAUUAUGCUCAUCACCAUGUUUGCCAGCGUUUUCACCUUGAACUUGAUUAGUCUGGAUCGGUUUGUUCAGGUGAUCACGCCGGUUUGGGCUCAGAAUCAUCGCAGCUUGUUCAUCGCACGACUGUCCUGUGCAGCGGCUUGGAUUCUGGCUUCAGUUCUUAGUCUGCCUUUUAUGACGUUAAGAAAGACUUACACAGAAAAUAAUAAAACACGCUGCCUGCCUUAUCAACGUAAUGAAGAACAUUCUGAAUUGUAUUUAAGGUUAAGCAUCAUUAGAUUUGUGUUUGGCUUUUUGGUUCCUCUCAUAUGCAUCAUAACAUGCUACGGAUUCAUCGCACGCAAGUUAGGCAGGAGUCAUUUUCACUCUGGACGAGCGUUUCGCAUCAUGUUUGCUGUAAUCGUGGCCUUUUUUCUGUGUUGGCUGCCCUAUCACAUAGUGCAUUUGAUAAUCAUUUACGGAAAGAAAUCCAGUUCAUUGGUGGCUUUGGAAGUGUUUCCGUUGGCCAUCUCUUUGGCGUUUUUCAACAGCUGUCUGAACCCCAUUCUGUAUGUUUUCAUGGGGCAGGAUUUUAAGAACAAUGUUGAACUUUCUCUAAGACGUGUUUUUGAAAGAGUUUUCUCUGAGGAGGGAACACAAGCGUCACGAUCCACACAGUCACAACAAAUGAACUCAGUGUAGUGAAGAAGAUAUCAACUCAUUUAUACUGAGUUUUAUGAUUGAUUUUUAAUACUAUUCUAAUAAUGUUCUAAUUUUUUUUUUUCUAAAUUCAUGAACUCGAAGUCAGCAAGUCAUCUAACUCUUAUUCAUCAUUCCUGUGUGUUUUUCUCUCUCUAUUGUUGAUGUAUUUUCAGUGAUUUGUGAACUAUUGUCAAAGCUUAACAUCACAGUGAUGGAGUACUGAUGCUUGAUUAACUUUUUUGGUUGCUAUCAGCUUAGAAAAAGCUUGUAAUAUUUCAGUAAUAAUGGCAUGUAGUUUCUAUGCUGAAUUCAUGAAGAAAAAUUAAAAAUGUAAUUUAAAGGCUGCAAUUGUGAAUAUAACAAAAACAGGUUUUAUUUUACUCUUCCUUAUCACAGUGAUUUAGUCAUUUUGGUGUGUUUCUACUUUAGUGUUAUGGAGUUAUGGAGUUGAUAACUCAAAAGCAAAGUGCAUGAUGUAUAAACAUUGUUUCUAAAUAUAAAAUGCAAAAAGUAAAAUUUUAUCAUUAUUGUAAUGUUCAAUGAACCUUUAAUUCACUUGUAAUUUGAAUUUUUUUAUUUAAAAUGAGGACAACACAACUUUGUAAGAAGAAGUUCCUCUUUUUCCUUUUUUUUCCCAGAAGAAACUCGUCAAUUAAAUGACAGAUGACAGACUUAAAGGUCUGCAAGCCAAAUGCAUUAUCAUAAAUGCAAAUGCAAAUAAAAUUAAUUUGAAAAUGUUCUCUUAUAACACCUUCUGUAAAUGCUAUAAAAGUGACCUGAUUCUGGAUCAGUGUGAGCAGUAUUAAUUCUGCACGUCUUUUGUAGUAUAAAUAGUGUGAGUAGUUUAUUCAUAUUCUUAUGAUUGAGCUUGCUAAGUCUAAAAUACUGAGAACCUACAUGUGUUUGACCCAUGUGGUGCAAACGAUUUAUGACAUCAUGUCUCAUGAACAGAAAGUGAGCAACCAUGACAAAUUAUGAAGUGUCUUUCUCAGUUCUACAUAUAACUGUCUAUUGUUAUAUAUCUGUACAUACAAUCGUAAAUUUGUAUAUUUUG